UUGGCCUGCUGGGGCAUGGACGAGGCAGUUUGGGCACAUUGUCUGCGGAGAGCCUCUCAGGAGGCGUUUGAGGGUUGGCAGAGGAGGCACAUGAAGUUUCGGAAGGCCUGUCGUGUCAUGAUGCUGCCUCUCAGCACCAUCGAGGGCAAGGACACCCCCACCGAGGAGGUGAAGACCAAGCCGCCUGAGAAAGGAGCCCUGCCUUCUGAGAAGCCGGAUGAGCCGCCGAACAACUCCUCCAAAAAGGAGGGAAGGAUGUCAGUCAAACUCCUGCCGAUCUGCCCUGUGCCAACUGUUUGCUUCGCCUAUUACUUGGAAACGGAUGACUCUGACUCUGAUCUGCAGUCUCCUCCGGAAACUUGGAAACCUGGCUCAGACGGCGCCUCCCCUUCGAAGCCUGGUGAGGAGUAUCAGGAAGUCCAGACGUGGGAAUGUCCCCUGUGCUGCCUCAGCAUUCUCUAUGGGGACCUGGGAGGUUCCCAGAUGGCCUUACACCUGUGUGAGCCUCUUCCAGCCCUCAGAGCAUCCACUCACCUGUUCAGUGAGUGUGAGGUCGUCUGGGAGAGGGAGCGCCAUGCGCCUAAGGUCGCCAUGCGUCGGAAGGUUCUGCGGGGCCCAGCCCCCCGCCCCCAGCCCUCAGGACCCCCCACCGUGAUCCGGGGCAACCAGGCCCUUGGGCCUCUGCUGCUCAGAAGCAUGACCUGCUGCUCUCUCCGGGCAACCCACGCUUCCCUUCUGGAAGACCUGGACCCCCGCGAGACUUGUCGGAGAGAAGCACUCCGCCCGCCCCCCGGCCCGGCCCGGCCCGGCCCGGCCCGGAGCGCCGCGCCGAGCCGGCGCCCGGGUCGGGAGGUGCGCCUCGCGGCCGACGCUCCGAAGGGGCUGCGCCAUCAGGGCGAGUGCGCAGUGCGGGGCGGGGGGCGGCGGGACGCGCGGCGGGGUCGCCGCGGGGAGGGCGGCGGCGCGAGCCCGGCUGUGCGGGUGCGUCCUGGGCGAUGGGGCGCGGGAGCGGCUGCCGGAGAGCCCCGGAGACCUAGGGCUGCGGGGCGAAUCGGGUCCGAGGAUCGCUCGGGCCACUGGGAGGAGAGCAGGCUGGCGGGGAACGAGGAGGACUGGGCUAUCCGGGUUCGGGGAUGGCUGGGUCUGCUUCCAGGGCAGGUGGAAGAGGAGCAGGGUCCUGGUCCCGAGAUUUUAGGAGGGGGUGCCUGUGGCAUCACGAUGCUGCCUCUCAGCACCAUCCGGAGCCAGGAACCGGAGGAGGUGAGGACCAAGCCACCGGAGAGAAGAGCGCUGCCUUCUGAGAAACCUAAGGUUCGUCGUCGCCCAAGGAAGUCCUCCAGGAAGAAAGCGAGAAUGUCAGCCAGACGGGUGCCGGUUUGUCCCCUGCCAAGUGUUUGCUUCACCUUUUACUUGGAAACGGAUGACUCUGACUCUGAACCGAAGUCUUCUCCUGAAACUCCGAAACCUAGCACAAGAUGCGCCUCCCCUCCGAAGGCUGCUGCAGAGUACCAGGAAAUCCAGGCGUGGGAAUGUCCCCUGUGCUGCCUCAGCAUUUUCUGCCUUUCCUAAGUCUCAUGACCCUCCACUUCCCGCUGCUCUUGACUGGGCACCCCCAAACCGUGCAUGCUGGGCUCCUGUGAUGUAAACCCCCAAAUACAGCUGCUUAAAUAAAUGGAAGUAGAUGUCUC